AUGCCGCGAGCACGGUGGUGCGCGUUUCGCUCGUGGAGCAGAACGCCAUCUUCUCCAUUCCUACCAUUCACCGCGCCCUUUUCGUCCGGCCGGAGUGCAAAGUUUGCUUCCACGGGGUCAUCUGACCCUCACGACCCUCACGGCCUCGAGCUAGCGAGGCGGUGGCUGACGGCCUUCGAGUCGGGCCUCAAGGCCAUUCCCCGCCAUGUCGGCCAGGUCUCAUUCAGUCGUUCAAGCGGGCCCGGCGGUCAGAACGUGAACAAGGUCAAUUCUAAAGCUACUUUAAAAGUACCGCUGGCCACGCUCUUCCCUUUGGUGCCGCCUCUUUUACAUCCUCAAUUACGCUCUUCUCGCUACGCUACCGACCGUUCGCAGGCAUUGGUAAUCCAAUCGGACGAAUCCCGGCAGCAGGCCACCAACGUGGAAUUGUGCUAUGAAAAGCUUAAUCGGCUCCUGGUGAGCUCGGCUAAAGAGGUUAUCCCGGGCGAAACGUCCCAGGAACAGAAAGAUCGCGUGAGCAAAUUACAGCGCACCCAAAAUGAGGCCCGACUCAAGUCGAAAAAGUUCCACAGCAGCAAAAAGAGCAAUCGGCGGGGCAAUAAAUACGAUGAUUGA